UCCCUCCCAAUGAAGAAAGAGAGCCAGAAACCCAACUUACCGAUCAGUCUAUCACCCAAACCUUCAUAAAUGACACUUUCACAUGAACCCUUCUCUCUCAUCACCACCACAAUCUUGAUCACAACCUUCAUAUCUUCUCUCAUCACACCACAUAAUUGGAGGGUGGCCAAUGGCCUUGGCCUAGCCUCCACCACAGCCAUCACAUAUGGCAAUCCAACGGUUUGUGGCAUUGUGGCUGAGAACCCCACACAGAGCAUACAAUGCUAUCAAAACACUCAGACCACCAUUUCAGUCCAACCCAAUAUUUCUUUUGAAUCCAUUUCUGGAGGCAAGAGCUUCUUCUGUGGCCUCAGGUCUGGAGGGUUUACCCUUCUCUGCUGGGAGACCAGCUUGUCUAGCUCAAAUAGGUUUCGACCGAAACGAAUAUAUCACAGUGAGAAUGUAGCUUUGACUGAUCUGGCUGUGGGUGAUGAACAAGUUUGCGCCAGAGAAGUCAACUUUAGAAUUGUCAGGUGCUGGAGAGGAAGAGAUAAUACUAGUGGGGUUUUGUUUCCCUCACCUGGGGAAGCAUUGGAGUUUCGAACAAUAGCAUCGGGAAGAGGGUUUUCUUGUGGGAUUUCGAUGAAUGAUAGGAGAGUCCUGUGUUGGGGCCAGAGUGGUGUUGGAGAUGAUAUUCAAACAGGGUUUGAGAAUGUGAAAAUGUCAAGCCUUGUUGCAGGAGAAUCUCAUGCUUGUGGCUUGAGUAUGAAUGGAACAUUGGUCUGCAGAGGAAACAAUGAUUUCGGGCAAUUGAAUGUACCUUCAAGUACUUCGACUUUCCAGUUUUCAGGCCUUGCGUUGGGGGAAAAUUUUACUUGUGCCAUUCAGCGAAAAAAUGGAUUUGUUGUAUGCUGGGGAGGAAGAAACAGAUUUGAAUACGACAGUGUUGUACUUACAAAUGUUUCAUUUGAGUUAAUUUCUGCAGGUUUGGAUUUCGUGUGCGGCGUGACAACGGGUAACUUAUCAGUCAUUUGUUGGGGACCAGGGUGGUCUGGUUCUCGUGAUAACCUUCCACUGGGAAUGAUUCUUCCUGGUCCAUGUGUGCAGGGUCCAUGUACUAGCUGUGUGUACCCGAAUUCGGAGACUCUUUGUGGUGGUUCAGGGAAAAUAUGCGGAUCAUGCCAGGUUGAACUCCCAUUAGCACUUCCAUUGCCUCCAAUAAAUCAACCUACCCAAGCUUCAGAGCCGGGUUUUUCGUUAUCCAUAACAAGAAAUAAGCUUCUGUUGGUUUUUGUAAUAGUUGGAUCAGUUGGGGCAUUUGCAGGACUCUGCACUAUUGUCUUUUGCCUAUGGACUGGACUGUGUGGUUCUUGGUUAAACCGUCAUGACUCUGUGCAAACUGAAAGUUUUACUGAUCCAAAUGUGGGUUCUUCUGCUGCUAGAAUCGCCAAUGUUCCUAAUGCUCCAUUAAGUUCAAGUUCCAUGAAGGGCAGUUUAAGUGGUUCAUCAUCAAAGCACGGUGACAAGACUCAGUCAUUUCACCUGGCAGAACUUUCUACUGCCACCAAACAUUUCUCAACCGAAAACAAGAUCGGUGCUGGGAGCUUUGGCAUUGUCUAUAAAGGCAAGCUUGCGGAUGGUCGUGAAGUGGCCAUCAAGAGGGGAAAUACAAGUACCAAGACCAAGAAAUUUCAGGAGAAAGAGAGCGCGUUUGACUCCGAAUUAGCAUUGUUGUCCCGGCUUCACCACAAGCACUUGGUGAAGCUAGUGGGAUCCUGUGAAGUUAACGAUGAGAGGCUUUUGGUUUACGAGUACAUGAGCAACGGUUCGCUUCAUGAUCACUUGCAUGGCAAGAACAAUGUGCAGGAAAAUAGCUGCAUUGUGAAUUCUUGGAAAAUGAGGAUAAAAAUUGCGCUUGAUGCAGCCAGGGGAAUAGAGUACCUUCACAAUUAUGCAGUGCCAACAAUAAUUCACAGGGACAUCAAGUCCUCAAACAUUCUUUUGGAUGCAAAUUGGAAUGCAAGGGUAUCCGAUUUUGGACUGUCAUUAUUGGGGCCGGAAUCAGACCAAGAGAUCAUGUCGUCCAAAGCGGUUGGAACAGUUGGGUACAUUGAUCCCGAGUACUUUGUGUCAAACGUUUUGACAGCAAAGAGUGACGUAUACGGAUUUGGAGUGGUGCUAUUGGAGCUUUUGACAGGGAAGAGGGCUCUGUUUAUAAAUAGUGAAGACGGAGGUCCAAUGGGGGUUGUGGAAUACGCAGGGCCGCGAAUAGUGGCAGGGCAGCUGCAAAGCAUGUUGGAUCAAAGGGUGGGGAAGCCGGACCCGAAGGAAGGCGAAGCUGUUGAGCUAGUGGCUUAUACUGCUAUGCAUUGUGUGAACUUGGAGGGGAAGGAACGGCCUAGCAUGACUGACAUUGUUGCCAAUUUAGAGAGGGCUCUUGCUCUUUGCGAGGAUGAUCCUUUUAGCUUCUCUACUACCACAAUUUCCUUCCCCUCGUUGUAAAAUUCCAUUCCCAAAAACAUUGUUCAUUCUUUUCUCCCCUAUUGAUUCCAUACCAAUUAUUAUUUUUUUUUCUAUUUCGCGCUUUACCCUAAUUGUUAUUAAGAUUUUUUUUUUCUCUUGA